CUGUCAAUGUUCGGGCACUCAAAACACGAAGACUACCGAACACAUGCCGAAGUAUACACACAGCACGAAGAUCGCAAAAGGUUAACGAAGUUCCCCGAAGUGAUUGCGCUGGAAUUUUGGCGCCAUAUGCGCGCCAAAAAAUUCUUUUUGAGGUUAAGUGCGCGACGAUGCAACAAGUUCUAAUUUUAUCGCGCACGCGACCUUCCUCAAAUGCCUCAAUCGUCAUCUCUGCUGAUAAGUCGUCAUCGCCACAAGACAUAAGGCACACCAGCUGCCUCAAGACGUGAUAAAUAACCAGUUUGAAAAUUUCUCACGACACGAUCGCACGCCAAUCGCGAGUUCUUUCCGCGAAGUAAAAAAGCAACAAAUAUCUUUAUCAUUCACCUUAUCAAUAGAGAAGUGACAAAAGACAAUUUGAGAAAAAGAUCACGUAGGGUAAAUAAGUAUCCAGGUGUGGUGAAGGCAACUCUGUGCGAGGAAUAAGGCUACGAGGAAAAUGUCUUAUGUAACUCCACGGUGAUUAGUUGUGAUUUUGGGGUCAUUUGAUUACAAACAGGAGAAGGUCACUGUUGACCACUGACCUCAUAAACUUUCGUGGAUUACACCAGAAUCACAUCUAAAAUAAAAGUUCUAAAUCCAUCGAAAAAUUCGCUUCAAGAGGAAGCUCUUUAUGACCUUCUCCACGCCACUGUAAUCUUACAAUCUCCAGCAGCUAGCAACCAGUCAGUGCAAUGAUAAAAUUCUAAUAAGAAAAAUCAUCAUCUUCUCCUUCUCAAGAUCACCGUGAAAGUGGAAUAAAGAAAAAUAAAUCAAACAGCAAAUCAACCAAAUAGUGCAAUUAUUCAAUGGAUUUUGUGGUUGGAGGGCUUGCUGCAUGCUCCGCAGGACUCUUCACAAAUCCAUUUGACUUGAUAAAAACCCGCCAACAGCUUCAUGGGGAACUGAGUGUGCGAAAAAGUGGUCCAAAUCUUUACAAAAAUGUUUGGUCAUCGGCUAGGACCAUCAUUAAAACAGAAGGAAUUCUUGCACUUCAAAAAGGACUUUCCGCUGCACUUUCCUUUCAAUUUGUUAUGAAUAGUACGAGACUAGGUCUCUUCGAAACACUCAGCAUACAUGGCUUAACGCGAAAUAAAGAUGGUCAACUUGUCCCAAUUCGUCUUAUAUUCUGCGGUGGACUCUGUGGUGUUGCUGGAGCGUCUGCUGCAGCUCCCUUUUAUCUGGUUAAGACACAAAUUCAAGCCAUGUCAAAGGGUGAGGCUGCUGUGGGUUUUCAGCACAACCAUCGGGGUACUUUUCAAGCACUUGGAAAUAUUUUUCAAGAUGGCGGCUUAAGGGGAUUGUGGCGUGGAACAUCCGGACUUGUGUGCCGGAUUGCCAUGGGAUCAGCCGUUCAACUAUCCACAUUCACUGAAUGCAAGGAUUUUUGCCAAAGAUACGAGAUCUUCCGGAAAAAUGACUUUCUGACCACAGUGGGGGCCAGUGUGGUUAGUGGAUUCUUCCUUGUGGUCUUCAUGACCCCCUUUGACGUCAUCUCGACGCGCCUCUUCAAUCAGGGCGUCGAUGAACGUGGCCGAGGGUUGCUGUAUCGCAACAUUUUCGAUUGUUUCGUAAAAACUUUCCGCGUUGAGGGUUUCUGGGGGCUCUAUAAGGGCUUCAUGCCAAUGUUCUAUCGUGCUGCCCCCCAUACAAUCCUCAAUCUUACAUUUUGGGAGCAAUUUAAGAAAUGGAAGAGAAUCUAUAUUGAUGAAUUUGCAACAAAAGACAUCAAUUCGUAAAAUAUAUAAAUUAUUUCUUAAUUUUUGGGGGGAAA